AUGAACAUACAGUGCUUUCCUGGACGAAGGAACUUCUCCUCUGCUUCUGUCAUUGGUGGCCUGGGUGGUGGUCAAGGCAGAUGUAUCCCUGUGUGCCAGCCAAUUGGAAGACCAUAUGGGGCUGGUGGCUACUCCAGCAUGAGCCUUAAUAACAUUGGAGGUAGAAAUCAACGAAUCGCUUGUGGUCAGCCAUAUGGAGGGCAAAUCUAUGGUGGCACUGGUGGUCAAGGGCAAAUCUGUGGUGGCAUUGGUGGUCAAGGAAUAGGAGGCAUGGGUGGCCAAGGUAUAGGUCUGCCUGGACAGGCUGUAAGUAGCAUUGGUGGUCACGUUGUAGGCAUGCCUGGUCAAGGUAUAGGUAUUGGUGGUCAAUACAUAGGGAAUCAAGGCAUAAAUAUGGGUGGACAAGGUAUAGGUCUGCCUAGUCAAGGUAUAGGUAUUGGGGGUCACUGUAUAGGAAACCAAGGACUGCCUGGUCAAGGGGGCAUAGGGAUUGGGGGGCAAUGCAUUGGAAAUCAAGGGAUAGGGAUCAGUGCUCAAAGUAUUGGGGGUCACUGUAUAGGAAACCAAGGCCUGCCUGGCCAAGGGGGCAUAGGUAUUGGAGGUCAAUACAUUGGUAAUCAAGGGAUUGGGAUCAGUGGUCAAGGUAUAGGUGCACCUGGUCAAGGUGUAGGUGUGCCUGUCCAAGUUAUAGGUGUUGGGAAUCAAGGUGCUGGUGGUGUGAACUACAGUGGAUUUGGAGGAGGUUAUGGUGGGCCUCAGUGCCAGGGAGGUUUUGUUGCUCGGAUUGGAAGUGUGGCUGGUGGCGGUGGUGGCAGAGCUGAAGGGAUACGAGGGGUCUGUAUUGAUGAGCGCCUCUUGAAGCCGCUUUCCGUUGGAGUGGAUCCAGAAGAGCAAAAAGCACGCACCCAUGAGAAAGAGGAAAUGAAGACCUUGAACAACCAGUUUGCUUGCUUCAUUGAUAAGGUUCGAUCCCUGGAGCAGCAGAACAAAGUGCUUGCUACCAAGUGGGAGCUCCUGAGCCAAUGUGUCCAACCUGCAAAGAAGAACCUUGAAGGCUAUUAUGAGAAUUUCAUUGCCACCCUGAAGAAGCAGCUGGAGUGCCUUUUAAGUGAAAGGGGGAAACUGGAACAUGAGCAGAAGAAUAUGCAGGAGUUGGUUGAAGAGCACAGGUCCAAAUAUGAAGAUGAAGUCAAUCGCCGCACAUCAGCAGAGAAUGAGUUUGUGGUGCUCAAAAAGGAUGUUGACUGUGUGUUCCUCACUAAAGAAGAACUGGAAUCUAAAGUGGAUGUUCUGGCACAGGAGCUGGAAGUCCUGAGAUGUGUCUUUGGAGAGGAGUUAACUCAACUGGAGAGUCAGAUCUUUGACACUUCAGUGGUUCUGAAAAUGGACAAUACACGAGACCUAGAUAUGGACCUUAUCCUUAAGAAUGUAGAAUGCUGGUAUCAGAACAUUGCUCAUGCCAGCAAACAAGAAGCUGAAGCCUUUUACCACAACAAGAUUGCGGAAAUUCAGAAUAACCGAAGCAAAUUCAACGAAGAACUUAAAUGCAACCAGCAUGAGAUUACUGAACUCAACAGAGUAAUCCAAAGACUUCAGACUGAUCUUGGAAAUGCAAAGAAGCAGGUUUCCAGUCUGCAGUCAGCAAUUUGUGAUUCUGAGCAGCGUGGAGACAUUGCUCUAAAAGAUGCCCGGAAUAAGCAUUCGGAAAUGCAAACUGCUUAUCAGCAGUCAAAAGAUAAAUUGGCAACCUUGCUCCGUGAUUACCAGGACCUGCUCAAUACCAAGAUGGCCCUGGACAUUGAGAUUGCUACGUACAAAAUGAUGCUUGAAGGAGAGGAAAACAGGAUAUGCACGGGGAACCCUGUCAGUGUCACUAUGGUCAGUGGAGGCUACCCAGUUGGUGAAUGCGCUCCUGGCAUUGGAGGUGGAGUGGCCUAUGGUGGCGCUGUUGGGAGAGGCAUAGACCAUGGUGUUGGCACCUAUGGUGGUGUGGGUGAAGGGUUCAGUUCUGGAAGUGCAGGAUGUAUCCACACAAUGGGCCCCAGAACGUCUGCUGGUUCAGUAGGCAUGGCAUCAGGAGUCAGUUAUGGAACUGGACACGGCGCUGGAGUCGGGGCUGGAGGAACAGGAGGCUAUGCCUCCAGUGUUACUAGUAAGCAUGUGGUUGGAGCAGGAGGAGGAAGGCAUAGCUCAGGCAUCUCUGUUGAUGGGAGCUGUGCAAGUGGGCACCAUGGUGGGAUCCAUCAUGCAGUAGGAGGAGCUGGAGGCAGUGGGGGUCACAGUAUUGGAGGCGCUGGAAUUGGGGUGCAUACCUCUGGUCCUGGAGGGGCACAUGUUGUUGGAUCUGGUGGAGGCUUCUCGGGAGCCGUAAAAAGUGGGUCCCGAAGUGACAUCAGAACUGUGCAUGUUGGCUCCUCAGUCAGAAAAAGUGCUUUUUGAGGCCCAAAUCCCAGGAGGAAAGAACUGUGCCAAGAUUAGACUGCCUGAAUAAUUAUACUGAUGGCAGAUCUUGGAGGGAAAUUUACUUUUUUAGUCUACAACUCUCAGAAUCCCCAAGCCAGCUCUCAGAAUCCUCUAGUUGGGGGAAAUCUUGGGGUUGUAAUCCAGAAAGGUAAUGUUUCUAAGCUUUCACUGGCUGGUAGCAGCCAUGUACUUAAGAAAUACUUACACCAAACAUUUUAAGGCCACAACAGUGAUUUCUUGUAGAUUGCUGUGGCUUCACUUCAGUGGCUGGGUAGCUGUUUUUAGGAGUUAUUUUGUCUUUUCAAGCACUCUCCCUCCACUGAAGAUCCCUUUCCCUCCUUUUCCUUGGAGUUUCUUAUAUAGACUUAAUUAGGACCCCAGCCCCCACUUAAGUCCCCAGUGCUCUAAAGUGCCUAGCAAAGCAUUUCAGAAAGGGAUGCAAUACAUUAACUGUCCAAGAUGGGAUUGCAAAUAACAUUUCUGUCUCUCCAUCUCUUUCCCUUUGCACUAGAAAGAAAAUUUAUAUACAUAUAUAUUUUUCAAUAUAGUUGCAUGCAUGUUCACAUCACACUAGACUUGUAAUAGAUUAGGGAAUGGGGAAUUGACAUGUUGAGCCCCAGAUUUUUAAGAGCUUGGUUGAAAUAUCCACAUUUUAGGUUCAGAAUAAAUUUGGGGGUGCAAAAUGGCCAUGUGUGGGGUGUAUAUAUGUAACUGUUCUACAUAUGUUGAGAAGACCCGAGUCUUAGACAUUUAAAAAAAAUCAAUUGAAAUCUAAAUAGCCUACUGGGAAUUUUCAUAUUUUUUUCUGUGAAAUUCAGCUUUGGUUCUAGUUGCAAUCAAUUAAGCAUCUGUAUAUGAUUUACCCAUGGUUCAAAGCAUGCACUGCAAUUCUAAAGAAAGGACUGAAAACAACUUGUGCCUACUGCAUCUACAUAGCUGUAACAUCACUGUCUACACUUUGCUUUUUAUUGAAAAUUCCUGAACUACUUCUGUACUUCCAAUAAACUGCAUGCAUGCACUCUA